CUUUUGGGCCUACAUGUACUUCUUGUAUUUAGCAGGACUUUAUGGUGCUAAAUCAUUAUCAGAUAUGCCUGAAACCCUUAUUCAUUCAUUGCAUUGGGCGUAGUCAUCAAACUCACGCUGCCGGAGGGUUCUAUAUAAAUACUAUAUACAUGUAUUUGGUAGAUUACUAAAACCAUACGAAACCAAGAAAAAAUUGUGAGCAAAAAUGGCAGAAGCAGACAUGGAUGAUUUCCCGCGAGAUGAUGUAAUUAAAUUUAACAUUCAGGUUUUCCUACCAUACAUUUGUGACUGUGUGAAAGCCACUGACUUGUUGGUACAUCUUCAAUAUUUCACAAGAGAACAAAGGAAGGACAUAUUUAAAACAUGUGCUCAAAACAGUGUGCAGGGUAUGCGUAAGGCCAUGGAAGUUUUAAUGAACGAGGUGGAAGAUGAUGGAAGAUUUAUUGCAAUCAGGAAUGCCAUAGAGGAUAGUCGUUACCCAAAAAUUGUUAAAAUGAUUGAUGGCAACAUAGUUGCUGAUGAUAAUAAUUACCGGAAAAUUAUCGACCUAUUUGCUGAAGAAAUCAUUGAUCGAUUAAGUCCUGCAGAAUUGCUUCCGAAUCUAGUAAGUCAAGGUACCCUCACAAGGAAUGACGCAGAUGAAAUAAGGGCCGAGGAACGAAAUCACGGCAGUAGAAGAGCCUGUUGGGUUUUGCUGUUCCAUUUGCCAAAUCGAGUAGAGGAUUGGUUUAGAAAUUUCAUGGAAGCUCUUCUAGAUUGUAAAUACGAUGACAUUGCAGAAAUUCUGGAUCCAGAUAUGUUUCAGAAACUAAUGGUUCAACGAGAAGAUGCAAGACAAGCUUUCAAGACUGAGUUAGAAAGUGAUAUCCGAGAAGAUAUACUUGAAGAUGACAACUUUGACAAUACAAUUGAAAAGGAUGAUUUUGCAGAACCAGAAAAGGAUGAAAAGUGUUCAGAUCACAACGUCUAUAAAACUGAUAAAAAGAUAUCAGAAAAAUCUGGCAUAGAAUCACUUGUGAAAGAAAUAAACGUUCUGUCGAUUGAAAGUAACUGUAAGCAGGUUGUAGAUGAAGCGGUAACGGAGGAUGUGUUGCGAAGCGAAGGGGUAGAAGAUGUGGGUGACAGUUUAACAGAGGUGAAACAGGAAGCAAUGAUUCUAUAUAAACGACAAAACACGGAUAGAUGUAAAGAAGAACAGGAACUGUCAGAUCAUUCAAAAGGAUCUCAUAAAACACGAGGUGAAGACAAAAUGUCAUCAAACGCUGUGUUCAAUAACGUUUUUGAAGAUCUAGACGGUAUGGACACUAUUGAUGCCAACGAUCAAUCUAUAGACUUUGAUGAAUUACUUGCUGGCGGAGCUGACACAGGAAUAAACAAUGGCCUUAAUGAUUUACAAAACGACCUAGGCAAUGAUGGAAAUGAUUACGAACAAAAUGGAGAAGUUGAUUUUAACAUAGUUACAGAUGAAGACGAAGUUGGCGCAGAUGACAAAGAUGUAGAAUUAAGAGAAUAUCAAAAGGAACUUGCAAAAGAAGGUUGUGAAGGGGAAAAUGUUAUUGUUAUGGCACCAACAAACACUGGAAAAACUAGGGUGGCAUGGCGCAUUAUGCAAGUGCACUUACGACGUCAAAGAAACGCUGGAAAGAUUGGGAAGGUGAUAUUUUUGGUAGAAAAUGAAGCGUUAGCCUUCCAGCAGGGCAAAGAUUGUGCCAAACGACUACCUGCAUACAGAACAAAAGUGAUAAGUGGGAGCGUUCAAAGGGACCAGAAACAGUAUCUACGAGAUUUUAUCGAUAGGAGAGAUAUAAUGGUGGUGACGGCCCAAGUCUUACUGAACGCUCUGAAGCAGAAGGAAAUUGACAGUAUAACGAGAUUUUCUAUGAUCGUGUUUGACGAAUGUCAUCACACCGACAACUAUCACAGAUUUAAUGAGAUCAUGAGCCUUUACAUGCAUCUUAAAUUAAGGGGCAAUUUAAAAGGAGAACUCCCGCAGAUCGUCGGACUCACUGCAUCUCUUGGAGUUGGCGGAAAUACAAGACAUGAUGCUGCAAUGGGCCACAUGAAAAGCUUACUAGCAAAUCUUGAUGCCAAAUUCUUGUGUACUGUUCGAAGGAACAAAGAAGAGCUAAAACGAUUUGAAAACAAUCCUAUUGAAAAGACAGUUGCUGCAAGGAAGCGGGUAAACGAUAGGUAUCGGAAAGCGGUAUUGGCUAUAAUGGAUAUUAUUAAUGAAUACAUGAUAUCACAUCCAAGUUUACACAACAUUCCUAGAAAAGAUGCGUUUAUUAAAGAGGCAUGUGUCGUGCCACCAACUCGAGGAUCAGAGAAAUUUCAGCAGUGGCUCAGCGAAUUUAAGAAAGCGUUAGGGAAGCUUAGUUCAGACGAAGUUAGGAGAAUGAUGAAUCCUUGCCGAUUACAUUUAGAGCAUUACAACAAAGCGUUACUUAUUCACGCUGACGCAAGAAUUAAAGAUGCUGAAGUGAUUCUUGAGGAUUUCAUGGAAAUAGAAAGAGAAAUUAAUCCCAAAAAUGACACAGAUGUGAUGCUUCUUGAAUUAUAUGAUAAUCUAAAACAACAAAGUUUUACUGAUGAGCCAGAAAAUCCAAAGCUAGUAGAAAUGCAAACAAUUGUUAUGCAAAUAUUUGACAAAAAUGAGGAUGCUCGAGGCAUUAUAUUUGUGAAGACAAGAGAAUUAGCGCAAGCUUUGGUUAAUUGGAUGAAGCAAACAGCUCCUCUAGAUACACUUAAUGCUUCAGAAUUUGUAGGCCAAGCUGCGUCCAAAGCGGAAGGAGGCAUGACGAAAGUUGGUCAGAAAGACGUUUUGGAAUAUUUCGAUGGUGGGCGUCACAAAAUAAUAAUUGCAACUUCUGUAGCCGAAGAAGGAUUGGACAUCACAAAAUGCAACCUUGUCAUUCGAUAUGAGCACGUCACAAACGAAAUUGUGCGACUUCAGUCAAGAGGACGAGCAAGACGGCAGGACAGUCGCUAUUACGUUUUGACAGAAGAAGGUUCUUGGAUCGUGGCAAAGGAAGAAAAAAAUGCACUUCUGGAAAAGAUCAUGAAUGCUAUUGUACCAGAAUUGCAGGUUUAUAUAGAAGAUCAUCCAAACCUUUGGGAAAAAGAAAUGCGAGAGAUGCAGGAAGAGAAGAAGCUCCAGGAAGAACUUAAAGAAGAAGAACGCCGACUUAACAUGUCAAAUGACGAGCAUGAAUUUAGAUGUUUAAAUUGCAACCAUUUCAUUUGCUUCUUAUCUGACAUACGUAAAAUUCAAGAAGCUCAUCACGUGGUAGUUGAUGAAGCAGCAUCAACCAGGCUGAUUUCUUACCGAAAUCCGCAUCCAAGAUUUAUAGAUGAUGAGUUAAAAUUUGAUGGUGCUAUAUUCUGUGGAAACAUAGAUUGUCAACGUGAACUUGGCGGUGUGUGCGAGUAUAGACAUGCAGAAUUUCCUUUACUCAAAAUAAAGAAUUUCAGGGUUGUCAAUAAGAACGGACAAGGAAAUACAUACAAACAAUGGAAAAAGGCUAAUUUCAAUAUUGAAGCGUUUACGCUAGAUGAUCUUCGGCGUGUUGUUGAGCGUCGCAGAGAUGCCAUGUGAAGGAUGCAGACGUUGUGAGUAGAAAUGCAGUUGAGUCUGUCAAAAUGAUUUCUUUCACAUUUUAAGAUCGUUGUAAUGUAUUUGUUGAUAGUAAUAAAGGGACUUCACAGAGUAUUUUUGGACAUUACGGGACUGAAGAUAUUUUAACGAUCUUUGUCUCCAGAUUGAUGUACCUCUAAACAAUUAACUUGUGUACAAAACGUCAGGUCAUUCGCUAAUUACGUUUACAAGAAUUUUUUUAUUUUAAUUUGCAAAAUGUCUAAAAAAUUAAAAGCGUUUAUAUCGUUUUAACUCAAACCAAGCUAGAAAUAACACAAUAAAAACCGAAUUUCAAUUUUAUUUUAUUAUAUUCCUUUAUUAUUGUUUUGCAUAUUUUUUGUUUUAAGUAUCCCAAUUGAGUUAUGUAAGCAAUACAACUUUAGUUUUUUGGACCUCAUAUGAUCUUCUUUAUUACUAAAAGUGUCCCAUAUUUUGUAAAUCAACCAUUUAUAAUUUAAACAUUUUACUCUUUAAUGUAUGUACAUGUACCUGUGGUUGUGCACAGUUCAGCAUGUCGUAUGCUUAUGACCUGCGUGUUUGUUUGUCACUGUGUGUGAUCGUGUGUGCGUGCGUGUGCGUGUGCAGUAAAUGAAUGAUUUGUGAGGCAGUAAUAAGUAACCGACAUAUAAGAAAGUGAAUGAGUAUCUUUAGAUAACUUUUCAAAAAUUCUUGCUGUAUCAAAUGGUUCUGGACGAUGUUAUUUCAUGUGUUUUUUUCUUAUUUAAGCACACGUAGUCGAAUGGUGUAGAUAUUCUUUACAUGUAUUGUGAAUGAUACUUUAUUCAUUCAGUUAUUUAUUAAAUUAUUCAGUAUGAUUUUAAUAUAAACUAUAUAUAUUUCCUCAAGUCUUGUGUCAAAAGUAUUUCUACUGUGUCUUUCAUGCAUAUUUCAUUACAUGUAUAUGUUUUUUUUUAUUUUUGUUUCAUUUUUGAAAAAGUAUGGUCAGCAAUUGUAUAUUUUUCAAUUGAAUGUAUAUGGAUUGUUAGCUUGACAAAUGUGUUCUCCCCGUGAUUAUAUUUUGAUAAUCUUAGGAUUUAUAUUCCAAUAAUAUCAUACGACUUAAUUUGGUAUAUUUUUCUCAUUAUUUAUGUAUUCCGUGGCCGAGUGUUUAUGUCAUUAAAUUCAAAGCACUUGCCCCUCAACGCUGUUAGGAAGCUAUCCAGUUAGCUGACGGAUCGUCGGUGGCUCAACUCGGUGCCCGCUUGGUGGGGUACCUGCGGUCUUCCUUCAUCAGUAAGCUGGAAAGUUGCCAUAUGGCAUUUACUGUGCUGGUGCAACGUUAAACGCAAUAGAAAAUAAAAAGAAAACUUACUUGUAACGAUAAAAAUCUACAUGAAAAAUCACAUUAUUAUUUCAUUGUUUUGUAGCAUCAGACGAAUAACUUUAACAAUUCAUAGUCUC